UGCGUCAAGACACACAUUGGGCUUGAUGAAAGGACAUAAAGCAAAGCUGGAGGCGGUGCCAAAUAGUUCAUAACCAUGGAGGAAAAGUUGGCAGAGGGGCAGAGAAAGGAAGGGAUGAAUUCACGGUAUCAGAAGUUCUGCUUGCCUUCAGAGAGGUAUAAGUACUGAGAUUCCCAGGAUGUAAGAAGCACAGUGCUGUGUCAUGCAGCUGACAGGUCUACUGGCGGAGCUGAUGGUCACAGCUGGGGUGGAAGUUCUUCAUUAAACAAAACAGAGUAAAAUAAUCAAGGAAGGUUGGAGUUGUUUGCAAGAUCUAUUGAGUUGAUUGCUCACCCUGUCAAAAAAAGUCAUCAUUUGGGACAACAGCCCACUGCCAGCAGCUGCCAUGGCGAGCAAAAGAAAGUCAACAACUCCUUGUAUGGUGCGAACUUCUGAAGUCAUGGAGCAGGAUGGUGCUGAGGGUGUAGAGGCUCCUAAAGAGAAGGGGGCUGGCGUACCACAGCAGGACUCUAAAAAAAACUGGCCUUCAGAAAGCUCAGUCAAAGACUGCGAAGUGGUUGAGGCAAAGCCCCCAGCUGAAAAUCAGUCUAAGAAACCCCAGGGUGGUUAUGAGUGUAAAUACUGCCCUUACUCAACACAAAACUUAAAUGAAUUUACAGAGCAUGUUGACACUCAGCAUCCAAAUGUCAUUCUCAACCCCCUCUACGUCUGUGCUGAAUGCAACUUCACAACCAAAAAAUACGAUUCCUUAUCUGACCACAACACAAAAUACCACCCGGGAGAGACUAACUUUAAACUAAAAUUAAUUAAACGCAAUAAUCAGACUGUUUUAGAGCAGUCCAUUGAGACCACUGCUCAUGAUGCCACUGUCACAAGUGGUGGGCUAGAAAAUGCAGAGUGUGAUGAUUCCCUUCAUGGGGGAAUUAGCGCAAGUAAAACACCAAUGAUGAAAGUGGGAAAGCCUAAAGGGGAAAACAAGAAGGGUCCCAAAAAGCCAGAAGAGGGAGUUACGGAAAACCAUGUGGAUGGUGCUCUCCCCCGCAUCAUAACUGAAGCCACUGAAGCUAUUGCUUGUAUAAAUGGAGACCUUCUCCAUGAUGUGUUAGCCCAUGUUAUGCCCUCUGUACAGCUGCCACCAAAUAUUAACCUUGUCCCCAAGGUCCCGGUACCUCUGAACAGUACCAAAUACAACUCUGCACUGGAUACUAAUGCAACCAUGAUCAACUCCUUUAAUAAAUUUCCUUACCCAACACAAGCAGAGUUGUCGUGGUUGACGGCAGCAUCAAAACAUCCAGAAGAACAAAUCCGAAUCUGGUUUGCUACUCAACGUUUGAAGCAUGGUAUAAGUUGGUCUCCUGAAGAAGUGGAGGAGGCAAGAAAGAAGAUGUUCAAUGGUACUAUCCAGGCAGUUCCCCAAACCAUCACCGUCCUGCCAGCUCCUUUGACAACUGCAAAAAUGCCCCAGCCCAUCAUCCAGACAGCUUUGCCUUGUCAGAUACUGGGCCAGACUGGUCUGGUUUUGACUCCCGUGUCAAAUGGUUCAACUGUUUCCUGUUCACCAAUUACGCUUGCUGUUGCCCCGAACCAGGGGCAAAAGAGGACGAUACAGACCUUAUCAAGUGCCCCAGAGGCCAAGCGUCCUCACGUAGUUCAGGUGCCUGAGAUUCCUGCCAAGUUGAAUGCUGUACCAUUGACACCAGCCAGUGAGCGAAAAAAAACAAAGGAGCAGAUAGCAGAGCUGAAGGCCAGUUUCAUGGCAAGCCAGUUUCCCGAUGAUGCAGAAGUCUACCGGCUGAUAGAGGCGACAGGUCUCUCCAGGAGCGAGAUCAAGAAGUGGUUCAGUGACCACAGGUACAGAAGUCAAAGGGGCAUUGUGCACAUCCCUGGUGAUGCUUUAGGGAAAGAUCAAAUAGCACCUUCAGCUGGUCGACAUGGACGUUCGUUUCACCCAUACACAGAUUUUACUCUCCAGAGAUUCAAAGAGAAAACCCAAGAGCAGCUUAGGGCCCUUGAGGAGAGUUUCCUAAGAUGCUCUUUUCCUACCCAAGGAGAAUUGGACAGGCUUCGAGUGGAGACUAAACUGAGUAGGAGGGAGAUAGAUUCAUGGUUCUCUGAGCGCAGAAAGAUAAGGGACAGCAUGGAGAAAGCUGUCUUGGACUCAAUGGGAUCAUACAGAAAAAUUAAAGAACAAGGAACUCCCAAUGGUGCAAUAAGCCAGGCAGAACUGCUGAGUAGCUCUCAGCUCCCUGGUGCUUUAUCUGGGUCCUCCACCACGUUUAAGAAAACCCAAGAGCAGAUUCAUCUACUGAAAAGCACAUUUGCAAGGACCCAGUGGCCAUCACCCCAAGAGUAUGACCAGUUAGCAUCUCAGACUGGGCUCACAAGAACUGAAAUAGUUCGCUGGUUCAAGGAAAACCGGUCUUCACUAAGAUCAGGGUCACUUAAAUGGAUUGACCAGUACCAGCAGCAGUAUGUUGUUGAUGGUCAUAACGAGCAAAGCCAGAAAAAGGGAUCAAAACACAUCGAGAGUCCAAAGAAUGGUAAUGAGGUGUCUCGGCAGCAUUACCAGGAGCAUAAAAAACUGAACGAAGAGAAUGCGGGGAAACUAGUGGUGAGAGCAAAAAGAGACUGCGAACCACUUAAAGACUCUUUGUUGGGGAAUCAGGCGGAGGGUGCAGACAGGUUGGAGUGCAACAGCCACGGCAGCGAGGAGAACGAGGAGCCGGCAGAGGUCAACUGGGUGGAGGUGACAGUGGGUGAGGAUGACGCUGCAUCGGACUGUACGGACAGCUGGAGCCAAACAGCACCCGAAGGCCAGGCAGAGCUGGCGGACUUUGACUCUGAAAGUAUAUCUGGAGACAAUUCCCACGUAUAGACAGGGGUACUCCUCAGCUGCACUGUCCUGACAUUGAAGGGGAAAUGCUGUCUGAAAAUAGAAGAAAACUAUUUUCCUGCCUGGGGUGAGAUAGCGUGUUGCGACUUCAAGUCUCAAACCGCGCUUGCAGAGGCACAGCGAGAAAUACUCUCGUGGAGCAUCAUCAUGGGAUCGUUUAUAGUGCCAAAGUCCUACUACUGCAUUGAAAAAGAAAGAAAGAAAGAGAAAAGGGUCCUUGUACAUAGGUUUCUCCUUAGCUUCUCUCCUACCCACUUUCCUGCCCAGCCUCUUCCUCUACUGGAACAGAUUUGUACAAUGUGGAAAUUUUGUUAACUUUUUAAUAGGUGCAAGUUAUUCUUGCAUAUAAUGCCAUUGCAAAAUUUGGGGGUUGGUUCGGGGGAGGGAAGUGUCUUUUGUGGGGGAGGGAGAGGAGAUUUUUUUUCUGAAGCAUUUUAAGACAGAUUUGCAAUCUUGUGGAGUCUUGUUGGUGCGGAUCAACAUCUGAGCCCAGAUCCCCACCCCGGUUUACAUUUCAGCCCACUUAAACACAUUAUGGGGUUGGGGAGGGUCGUUCUGGAGUGGUUGGGGUUUGGUUUUUUUCUUGUUGUUUUGACUUUUUGUUUUAUUUUAUGGCCACCUGCUACUGAUUGAAGUAUUUAAAUCUUUGCUUUUCCAUGCUCUUACAAGGCAAGUCUUCUCCAGCUCCUGUACUUCACUUUUUACAAGCCAGCCCCAGCUGUGGGUCUCUGAAGAUUUGGCUAGAAUGCCUUUUUUGGGUUUCUUUUUUAGCACUUUUUGUUUAAGCAUGCAGUACAACCCCCAGAGGGGUUGGAGCGAGGAAAUUAAGAUGCUUCGUCAUCUGAACUUCUUUGUGUUUUUUCGGCUGGUACAACGAUGGACACCAUAACCAACAGUCUGCCCUCCAGCUUUAGAUGUUGUAGCGCAGAACAGAAAUUUCUGAUUAACCCUUGCCACUAAAUUUUUAGAUCAAUCCUAGGUUCUCGAGUGCACUUUUUUUCAAAUACUGCUAAUUUGGAUUUGUAUGAGAGUGUCUGUACAUGCACGUGUGAGGAGGAGAGCAGGAGCAUGGGUAUGUAGGUGAGCGGGUGCAAGAGCCGUCCGGUGCGUUCCUCUGAUGAGCUGGGUUUGGAAAAUUUACCCACCUUUCAGUACGCUGCACAAAUAGGAUGCUAGAGAGUUUGAAUAAAUCCAACUUUUCUAACUUGUUGCUCAUUUGUUGUAACUCAAUAAAACAAAGGCUAAACAUUUUGGUAA